AUGGGGAAGAAGAAGAAGAGAGUCGCUUCGAAAGUAUGGUGUUAUUAUUGCGAUCGUGAAUUCGACGACGAGAAGAUCUUGGUUCAGCAUCAGAAAGCUAAGCACUUUAAGUGCCAUGUCUGUCAUAAGAAGCUUUCAACUGCUGGUGGUAUGUCCAUUCACGUUCUUCAGGUCCACAAGGAAAACGUCACCAAGGUGCCAAAUGCAAAACCUGGUAGAGAGAGUACAGAUAUUGAAAUAUAUGGAAUGCAAGGGAUUCCGCCGGAUGUAUUGGCUUCCCAUUAUGGAGAUGAAGAUGAUGAUAUUCCAUCAAAGACAGCCAAGGUAGAAAUCCCAUCAUCUCCAUUUUUAGGUGGAAUGGCGCCACCUCCUAUGGGUGCCGGGUAUCCUCCACGAACUAUGUUGGGAACAAUUCGACCAAUUUAUAAUCCUGCUCUACCAGUACCUCCUAAUGCUUGGGGAGUGGCUCCACCUCGACCUCAGCCAUGGUAUCCUCAGCCUCCAGCUGCUUCAAUUCCCCCUCCUGUUCCAUACGCACAUCAACCAUUAUUUCCUGUGCAGAAUGUGAGGCCUCCAAUGCCAUCAACUAAUUCACCCGCAUUACAAACUCAGAUUACUCCUCCUGGACUGCCAACAUCUACACCUUCUGUCCCAGUUUCACAGCCUUUAUUUCCCGUUGUUGGAAAUAAUCACACAACGGCUCAAAGUUCACCAUUUUCUGCUGCACCUCUGUCAUCAACUGUUCCAUCAGUAACUCCUGUAUUUUCUUCAAAUGUCCCUAUUGAUGCACAUUUGGGCAUUAACUCUUCUGUGACAAGUAGUUAUCAAGCAAUAGGGCUUCAAGGCGGGACAGCAAGUAACUCACAUUCUUAUGCGUCUGGCCCAAAUACCGGUGGUCCUUCAAUUGGACCUCCCCCAGUAAUCUCAAACAAAGCUCCUGCUACUCAGCCUGCCACUAACGAAGUCUACUUAGUUUGGGAUGACGAGGCAAUGUCCAUGGAGGAAAGAAGAAUGUCUUUAACAAAAUAUCAGGUGCAUGAUGAAAGUAGCCAGGUAAGUCAUACUACCUUUUUAAUACAUGGAGUUGCUAUCACAUCUAACCAGAUGAGUAGGCUUUAUGAUUUCUGUUUUCAGAUUCAGUUGUUUACAUAUAUUUAA